AAGGAGAACAAGGACUUCACGGUCAAGGCCGAGGGCGUGGGCAAGGGGACAAUGACGGUGGUGACCGUCUACCACGCCAAGGUCCCCGAGCGGGACGACAAAUGUGACAACUUCGACCUGAGCGUGGACGUGGAGGAGGUCAACCAGGGCAAGGAAGCGGAGGACGUCAUCAGGUCUGUCAAGAUCACCAUCUGCACCAGGUACCUGGACACCGUGGAUGCCACCAUGUCCAUCCUGGACGUGUCCAUGCUCACGGGCUUCUCGCCGGACGUGCAGGACCUGAGGAGGCUGUCCGAGGGGGUGGACCGGUACAUCUCCAAGUUCGAGCUGGACCAGGACAAGGAGCGGAGCAACGUUGUCAUUUACCUGGACAAGGUGUCCCACAAGUCCCAGGAGUGUUUCGCCUUCAAGGCCCACCAGAGGUUCCAGGUGGGGCUGAUCCAGCCCGCGGCCGUCAGCGUCUACAGCUACUACAAGAUCGACGAUCGCUGCACCCGCUUCUACCACCCGGACAAGGCGGGAGGGAAGCUGAACAAGAUCUGCCAGGGGGACGUCUGCCGCUGCGCCGAAGAGAGCUGCUCCAAGCGCCAGGACGAGCCCGGGGACAUCACCGUCAACCAACGCAUGGAGCGCGCCUGCGAGCCCGGGGUGGACUUCGUGUACAAGGUGCGGCUGCUGGCCCGCGAGGAGACGCCGAGCUACGACAAUUACAUCAUGAGCGUGCUGGCCGUCAUCAAGAUGGGCACGGACGAGGACCCGGCCGGCAGCAACAGGACCUUCGUGAGCCACCAGCAGUGCCGGGAGACGCUGAAGCUGCGCCGGGGACAGGACUACCUGGUGUGGGGACAGGUCAGCGACCUCUGGAGCUCCGGCAGACGGUACUCGUACCUGAUGGGGAAGGACACCUGGCUGGAGGAGUGGCCCUCGGAGGCCGCGUGCCAGGACGAGGCGCUGCAGCGCCGCUGCCAGGACUUCGUCGAGUUCUCCGAGUCCAUGACGCUCUUCGGCUGUCCCAGCUGAGUCCCCAAGGUGCCACCAAGCCUCCGGUGGCACCCGGUCCUGGCGUGUCGCCGCUCUUCUCCUCCGGUCACUUUUUGUCCCCUCCCCAGCUUUUUUUUUUUUUGGUUUUUGGGGUUUUUUUGGUUAUAAAAGUCAUUUCUGA